CGUGUACCGUUAGGAACAAAGGUUGCCAGGCUGGUGGCAGCUAAUGAGUUAAUGAGCCGCUGCCGUGCUAAGAAGGAAUGAAUGAAAAUCUGCCCUCCUCCGCCUCCGGCUUUCGUUGUUUAAAUCCCUUCUCUCCCUCUCGAACCCAAACCAGGCAGGUUACACCUCUCACUUUCCCGGUUGGUGGCGGGGAAAGUCAACCCCAAAGGGUUAAAAGCGAAGAGCUACUGGCUUCCUAGAGAGGCAAUGAGGAAGGCGAGUCCUCCCAGCUGCCUGGGAUGGUCCUGAGAUGGCUUUUUGAAUUUCCUUUUGCUGCAGAAAACAAGAGAGGAGAGCAGGAUCCAGCCUGGAAAAGCCGAUCACCGGAAUUUAUUCUGGAAUUUUCCGCUCAGUUUUUGUUCCCUCUUCCGUGAACCUUCUCAAAUAUGAAAAGGGGGGAUCAGACCCCCACAGGACCAACAUCGGGAGAGGCGGCAGGAGCAGCGAAAGCCCCUCACGUCCUCCAAGCUGGGAACAUCCGAGAAUUCCUGAGACGGAUGCCAGGGGAUCAGAUCAAACAAGAACCAAGCGAGAGCUCCCUUGAGCUCUGGGAAGUCCAGUGGCAGGAGUUCCUGAAGACGGUGGAGUCACCUCAUCCGGACUGGGGCGUCCCAGGCUUUCCAGAGAAGUCUUCGCCAUGGGACGACGGCAAGGCCUUCUUGGCCUCCUUCGAGCAGGUGGCCCAAGCCUGCCGGUGGCCCCGAGAGGAGUGGGUGGCCCGACUGCUGCCGGCCCUCAGCGGGGAAGCUGAGCGGGCAUUCCGCAGGCUCCAGGCCCGAGACAGAGAGGAUUAUGGGAAAGUGAAGGCGGCCAUCUUGCGAGGGGAUGCCAUGAGCCGGGAGAAGAUCCGCCAGCAUUUCCGGCGCUUCUGCUACCAGGAGGCCGAGGGGCCGAGAGGGGCCUACGUCCGGCUGCAGGAACUCUGCUGCCAGUGGCUGAAAUUCGAAAGGCACUCCAAGGAGCAGAUCCUGGAGCUGCUGAUCCUGGAGCAGCUCUUGACCAUCCUCCCAGCCCACAUCCAGAGCUGGGUGAGGGAGUGUGGGCCAGAGACCUGCUCCCAGGCGGUGGCCCUGGCUGAGGACUUCCUGUUGAGGCAGGAAGUGGCCCAGAGCCAAGAAAGCCAGGUGACGUUUGAAGAGGUGGCUGGGAGUUCCUCCGAAGAAGGCCGGGGUCCGUCCCUGAACAAGCAGAGGCUUCUCUGCAUCGACACCAAGCAGGAAGAUGACGACGGAGAAGCUGGCCUGCUGGCAGCCAAAGGUUGGGUCGCCAUCUGCAACGGGGAAGACUACGCGGCGGAAGACUCUGAGGCUGAGUGUCCGCACGGGACAUCGGUGUGGAAAACGGAGGAGAGCUUUUCCGAGUGUUGCGCACAAGAAAAUGCCUCAGGGCGUCAGGGAAGAGCAGAGGGCCGUCAGGAAACGCUGAUGGCAGAGGAAGUCGAUGGAUUGGGUUGCCUGACCCCCACGGAAACCCCGGCUGCAGUCCCAGUAGGAAUCGACACCAACCGGAAACGGACUGCCUAUGGUUCUUACGGCCGGAACGCCAUCCUCCCGGCGAGAACUCGGAUGGGGGUGAAGCCGGUAAAAUGCCAAGUCUGCGGGAAGUACUUCCUCUGCAGCGCAAAGCUCCUCGUCCAUCAAAGGACCCACGCCGGGGAGAAACCCUACAAGCGCCUGUAUUUCUGUGGCGCCCAGCACAUGGGCUCCCCCGGCCAGCCCGGCCAACCCCCCGUCCUCCACAAGAUGGUUCCCUCCCGUAUCCGUGGCCAGCGGUGGGAAGGGAAGGAAGUUGUGGCCUUGCUGAGCAGCAUCAAAGCCAGUCCCGCUCUGGCCCUCCUGAUGAGCAGCAGCUCCCAGAGGGGGCACCAACACUGGGAGAGGAUCAGGGACCAGCUCCAGGCUCAGGGCUUCGUCAGGAACAUCGACCAGCUCCGAUCGAAGUGGAAACAGCUGAAGACAGACUUUUUUGCAGCCGGGCGGCCUGCCGCGGAAGGGAGGGAGAAGCCUGCGGUCAUCCCCCCGUAUUUCAACCGGAUGCGGGCCGUGUGGGACGCGGCAGGACGCCCCCCCUUCAAAGACCGUCACCUGCCGGCUUCUUACCGAGCCCGGAGGCGUGAGCUGGAGAGAUGUGAGGAAGAUGACGAGGACGACAUGGAGGCCCUUGCUCACUGGUUUCUUCUGGGAUUUUCCACAGCGCACCUUUGCCCAAGGAUGAAGAUGGAGGAGGAAUAUCCUGCAGCCAGGGGAGAAAGAGAGGAGCCGGAAGGAACAGGGAAAGCCGCUCAUGCCCUCUUGAAUGCUGGUUGCCGCAAACCCAGGAUGGAUUUGGAGGCGCAGAGUGAACUCCCCAGAGCAAGGCAUUUGGGGAACGCUGAGGGGUAUCUUGAAAGGGGGACCACACAUUGCGUGAAGGAGGAAUCAGAAGAAGGCUUGGCCCAUUGCUGGGAAGCCCAGUGGCAGGAGUUUUUGAGGACAGUGGAGUCCCCUCACUCGGAACGGGGAGCCCCCCAGUUGCCGGAGGAGCCCACCCCCUGGGACGACGCCAAGGGCUUUCUGGCUUCCUUCGAGCAAGUGGCCCAAGCCUGCCGGUGGCCCAAGGUGGAGUGGGCGGCCCGACUCCUGCCGGCCCUCAGGGGAGAAGCCAAGUGGGCCUUUGAGAGGCUGGAUGCCAGAGACAGAGAGGAUUAUGGGAAAGUGAAGGCAGCCAUCUUGAGAGGGGACGCCUUGAGGAGGGAGAAGCUGCGCCAACACUUCCGGCACUUCUGCUACCAGGAGGCCGAGGGGCCCAGCGGCGCCUACAGCCACCUCCAGGAGCUCUGCCAGGGGUGGCUGAAAGUGGAGAGGCACACCAAGGAGCAGAUUCUGGAGCUGCUGGUCCUGGAGCAGUUCCUGGCCAUCCUGCCAGCGGAGAUCCAGAGCUGGGUCAGGGAUCGCGGCCCGGAGACCUGUUCCCAGGCGGUGGCCCUGGCAGAAGGUUUCCUGUUCAGGCAGCAGGAGACUCGGGUCAAUCUGGAAGGCCAGGUGGUCUUUGAGGAGGAGAAGGAGGAGGCGGUGGUUGCAGGUUCCUCCAUGUCUGGCCAGGCACCACCUGAGGCUGGGGAGAAGCAGCUGCAUGCAGCAGCCAAGCAGGAAGAGGACGAGGAGGACCUGCUGGAUGGUGGUGUAUGGGAGAGCGAAGAUGAAGGUGAACCUCACAGGACCUCCUCAGAAGCAGGCCAGCAGGAGGCAUUGAAAGAGAACUUCUGGAAUCAAGAUGGAUCGAAGAGGCCAGACGGAAUCCAUGUGGAAAAGGGCAGAGAUAAAGCUAUUCCUUGCCAGGAUGGAGACUUCCAUGAAAUCGUAGUUCAAGAAGAACAACAAGCAGAGAAGAGGAAGAGCAAGUGCCUCAGUGCACAUUGGAGAAUCCACACAGGGGAGAAAACCAACAAAAGCUUAAAGUUUGGGAAGAGCUUCAGCCAGCACAGAAGCGUCACGGAAUAUCAGAUGCUGCACUCGGGGAUGAAGCCGUAUAAAUGCUUGGAAUGUGGAAAGAGCUUCAGUCAGAGCACACACCUCACGUCCCAUCAACGAAUCCACACAGGGGAGAGGCCAUAUAGUUGCUCGCACUGCAGCAAGAGCUUCAACCAGAGCACUAGCCUUAUUCAACACCAGAGAAUUCACACAGGCGAGAAACCGUACAAAUGUGCUGAGUGUGAAAAGAGCUUCCGCCAUAGUACAAGCCUUACAUCACAUCAGAGAAUCCAUACCGGGGAGAAACCAUACAAGUGUUCUGACUGUGGGAAGGGGUUUUGUAAUCAGUCCGGCCUUAUUAACCACAAGACAAUUCACACAGGGGAGAGGCCAUAUAAAUGCUUGGAGUGCGGGAAAAGCUUCAGUCAGAGUACGCACCUCACGUCACAUCAGAGAAUCCACACGGGAGAGAGACCAUAUAAAUGCUCGGACUGCAGCAAGACCUUUUGCGACCAAUCAGGCCUUGUUAAACAUCAAAGGAUUCACACAGGGCAGAAGCCAUAUAAAUGCUUAGCAUGUGGAAAGAGCUUCAGCCAGAGCACAAAUCUUAUUCGGCAUCAGAGAAUUCACACAGGAGGUGAAGUCUCCAUAUUAACUUCCCCAUACUCUUAAGAGUAGCAGAUGAGGUCCUGCUCCAACCAUCAUUGGUUUUGGAGAGCUGAACAGCUGGGUCUCUUCCAUGGUUGCUCCUUUGCAGGACUCCCUCUUUAAUGCUCGUGACUUAUUUGUGGUUUUAUAAUUACUCAGUUAGUUGGAUGGUUUUUAACUGCAUGUUUCCAUUAAUUAGUUUGUAAUGACCUGGAUAGUUGUGUAGAGGGCCAUCUUGGUAGCAGCGCCCUCCCUGUGGAACGCCCUCCCUUCAGAGAUAAAAAAGGAGAUAAAAAAAUUACACAACUUUUAGAAGACAUCUGAAGGCAACCCUGUAUCGGGAGGUUUUUAAUGGAUCAAUGUUUUAUUAUGUUUUUAGAUAUGCUGUAAGCUGCCCAGAGUGGCUAGGGAACUCAGCCAGUUGUGUGGGGUAUAAAUAAUAAAAUUAUUAUUAUUAUUA